AUGGCUCGCUUCACUUUCUUCCUUAUCGGCCUUCUCGCCAUCGCCGCUGGUGGUGGUUCUCGUCUACUACCUGCCUCCAAAUGCUUACAGCUUCGCGCGCUUUCUGGUUGUUACGACUUUUACAGACGCUAUGUCAUCAUACCAGAAAAUGUGAAGAUAGCCAAAGAGGUGGUUGCAUUUGCGGGGCUCGGUCAGAGGGUGGAGUUCCUUGUGGGUGUUCUUAGCAAUGUUACGAAGGAUCUGAAAGCGCGAGCACACAAUUUGGACAUGGUCUUUCUCGACCACGACAAGUCCUUCUACCUCAGCGACCUGAAGCUCCUCAUAAGCGAAGGGUUUCUGAAGCAAGGCUCAGUGGUUAUCGCGGACAACGUCCUGAUUCCGGGAGCGCCCGACUACCUGGCCUUCAUGGAGGAGUCGAAGGACUUUGUGACUAAAAAGCACGAGACAGAAGUUGAAUACAUGAAGCAUUUGAAGGACAUGGUGACCGUCUCAAUUUACCAAGGAGCCACGUAG